CUCUCCUCUCAUGGCUGUUAUCAAUCCAAGGUCUUCUUAAAAAUACAACACUAUUUGAUAGGAUUUGUGCCAAACCAAUAUAAUUUGAUCGUCUGACAGUGACACUUUGCCGACAACAAAUAUUAAGAAGUCAAGAACACAAGGGAUCCGCAUCUCUUUCUUCUCGAAUUUCUGAAUAUUGAAUCGAAGAGUCCGCGUUGAAAUUCAGACAUCCGUGUGUAAUAGCGUAUCGCGGACUUUUAAUAUGCGUACUUACGUUUCAAUUUUUGUGAAGAGAUAUACGCAUGAAUAAGAAAGAUGAAAGGAGGUCAGAAAAAAAGAGGUUUGAAAUGGGUACAAAUUUGGACUCAUAGUCAUUGGAUGAUAUGAAUACCGGAAACUUCCUAUUAAGGUACACUACAAGUCUUCUUGAUGCGAUAUGUGCCCUAAAGGCAUAAACCCACAAACAAAUUAAUUAGUUUUCGAAUAGCAUCUUUACCGAUUAUUUUUGUCAAACUACAAUAGUAACUCUACAAAUUAAUACUCCAUAAAUUAAUAAACACCAUAAAUUAAUUAAUUUAUCCGAUCUCAAAUUGAGUAGGUUCAAAAUAUGACACAAAUCGAUAAGAUAAUAAUUUUUUAGAAGUUCUUAUAUAAUUUGGUCCCAUUAAAAUUGUAAAUUAAUAACUUAUAUGUAUGUACAUUUUCUAUAAAUACAAAUAAACUAUUAUAUCCCAUAUUUUAUAUUUACAAUGGGGUCAUAUUUAUAUUUUCUUAAAAUUUAAUAUAUUUGAUGAGACUUAGUAAAAUUAUAUCUAAAAUCUAUGAAACAUAUUUUAUAUACAUCAAAUAAUAUAAGAAAACCAAGUAAAUUUUAAAUAAAUACAUCAUUUAUUUUGGCAAGAAAAACAAAAUCAUUACAAAAUCACCAAGUAUACCAUCAAUUACAAAUACAAUUCUACCAACUUCUAGGCUAUGGAAAGUACGAAGAAUCUAAGACAGUCAAUUAGGUUAACCUUAGCUUUUUGCUCAUGUAAUUUUCAUUUUCAAAACACGUACCAGUAUCGGCUUGAUCUCCCAAGUAAUUCAAGUUUAUAUCGGUUUUGUCUUCUCAUGUUUGCUACCAAGCUGAACGGAUGAAGUAUCCUUUGGGGUUUCCUAGCAUUUCUUUACCUUUUUUGCCAUGUGCCCAAUUCUUGAGGUCUCUCAUUUAUUUAAUAAUCACUAUUGAUGAUUCUCAUCCUUUAUUUCUUAAAAUGAUAUUUCCAUUCUUAGCCAAAAAAAUAGCAUUACAAAGCAUUCUUGUAAUUUUUUUUUUCUUUGGCAUCAAAGCAUUCUUGUAACUAAAAGAAUUUUGAUGCACUAAAAGCUUUUACAAACUUUUUUGGAAGUGUUAUCCUUCUGUUCUUUUCUUUUUAAUACUGAUCAAAAUACAUCAUCUAUAAAUGCAUAUAAUGAUUAAAUAUUUGUAACAUGUGCAAUAAAGAAGAAAAAUUUCACGAACAAUGCUUUUCUAAUGCAGCUCCCCAUCAUCCUGUUUUGCAUCCUAUAAUAUGCAAGAAGUUAUAUCCUCUGGAAAUCAAAACUUAUAACUGGUGUAAAAAAAUUUAAACAUUAACCAUUAAAACACGAUGUUUCCAAAAAAAGUUAGCUUUCUAGAACAUUGUAAUAAAAAAUUUCAUCAAUAAUAUAAAAUAUACAUAUACAUUUUGGUUUUAUCUAUAAAUUUAUUUUUAUGAUUGGUAUAUACAUAUAGAAACAUGUGUAUACAUAAAGAUAUAUACAUAUACAUAUAUACCAAAGGGUAACUUAAAUUUUUUUAUAUAGAAGAUUGAAUUGACUGGAUGUUAGAAUUAUAGAAACACAUGUGUUUUAAUAUAUAUAGGCCUAUAUAUAUACACACAUAUAAACCUAAAUAUAUACACCCCCACAUAGACCUAAAUUAAAAUGCACACAUAGAGCUAAAUAUAACUACAUACAUAUAGAGCUAAAUAUAUAUAGACAUAGAUAUACAAAAGAAACUAUAUAAAUUAAUACUCAAUAAGAACGAUAAAUUAAUAAAUUUCUCAGUUAGAAUAUUGAAACAUGUAAUAUAAUUUAACAAUUUCUCAGUUAGAAUAUAGAAACAAAAUAUUUUGUUUUUAUUCACAUUGAAAGUCAUCUUUAAUUUUUCUAACCAUUUCAAAACAUAUUGAUGUUCUUUAUCAUUUUAAACCUAAAAAUGCAUUUGCCUUUAAGGUACAUAUUUUCUAUACACCAAGUAAAAGAAUAAGAAAACAUAAAAAACAUAUAUGUAAAAUAAUUCCAUUAUAUAUACUUUAAAAUAUUUUUUCAUAUAUUUAUAUAAAACUAUACUUCAAAAUAUAUAAAUAUAAACGAGAAAUAUUUUGCUAAACUUACAGCGAGAAAAAAUAAUAAAAUAUAAUAGUCUUAACCUUAUUAAUUUAUAAUAAAAAAAAAAGAAUUACUUUGUGUAUAUAGUGUGAAUGCAUGUUGAAGUGGGUUCUACGUAUUUUGUUCAUCCGUUUUCCUUGACAUUUAUUCGCACUAUACAAUUUUGAAUUUAGUAACAAAGAUGUAAAAUAUGAAAUUUGUGUUUUGUUGGCAAGCGGGACAAGUUUCCAAAUGACUCAUCUUAAAAACCCCAACGUUUCUCCCUCAGAAAAAAAAAGAAAGAAGAAAAUCAUUCACAAGAUCAUAUACACUGAAAAUAGGGAGCAAAAAAAUAGAAAUCGGCAAUGGCGUCGAAAGGAAUUGUGGAUGCGUUCAAGGAACUAGCUGUCAUUGUGAAUACGCCUGGUUUGGACGUGCCUGUUAAGAACUUCUCUGAUGCUUGCUCUCGCUUUUUCGUCGUAUUUAAAGUCCUCAAAACAGGAAUGUUUCCAAGGUUUGCAGAGAUAGACUAUGUUACCAAGGUGAACGAUCUUGCCGAGGCGUCGAACUUAACACCGACAUUAGAGCUAAUGGUUGACAGAGAUAUAGAGGCAAACUGCGUAAGGAAAGUUGGUAGUCAUACAAGAAACCUUUUGCGGAUUAAGCGUAGUCUUGAAAUGAUGAGAGUUAUGUGCGAAGUGCUAUUAGACACUGAAUCUGAUCACUCCUUAAGAGAUGCAACAUUCACGGCUUACAAUCAAGUGUUUGCUCCGCACCAUGGCUGGGCUAUUCAGCAGGCUGUUGCUACAGGAAUAGGGUCUCUUCUUCCCAAGACGCUGCUAUCUGGAAUGUUCAAUGAAACUGAGGAAACGUUUAAGAUCCAUGCUCAAAGCUAUGUUACUGCAUCAGCAUCAGUAACCAAUUAUCUUGACAACCUCUUCCUCUCCAAGAACCUUGGUAUUGAUUGGUGAAGAUUCUGUAAACUUACAUGGCCUAGGCCAAAUUUAUACACCAUGGUAUCCCUUCGUGAUCACUCCUUUUUACUCUAUCUUCUAUAUUUGUCAAUCAAUGUAAGUUACUAUUAUUAAUAAUAUUAGACCACCUCCAAUGAAGGUUCUUUUCCAUUGGAGCUCUUUAAAUAUGUAUUAUAUAUAUAUAUAUAUAUAUUAUAUAUGUAUAAGUAUUUGUGGGAUCCAAAAGCUGAACUAUUACAAGAACCUCUUUGGUGUGGUUUUAAACUAUUAUAAGUGUACGGGGUCUUUUUUUUUUUUUUGACAAGUGUACGCGAUCUUAAUCAAAUGUCAAACUUCUAAUCCUCCACCGUACAACGAUUUCAGUUUUUGACUGUCACCGAACGGCUUAAGUAGCAAGAAUGCGUUAUAUUUUAUUAUGAACUCCACAACGUGGAAUGCUUAGAGUUUGUAUAUGGUAAAGAAAAGAAAAUGAAGUCUCUAUAGUUUAAAAAUUGCUAAAAGACUGAUAUGAACAUUAAAUAUUUCUUACACAAAUGGCUUAAAAUAGGUAUUUAUAUGAUUUGGAUCAUUCUAGGUUUUGUGUCCGUAUACUGAAAUUGGUAUAUAAUUGAAAUGUAACAUUGUAAUUUAUGUAUUUAAUAUUAUAGUAAGUGUGGUAAAUAUUAAAUUUUAAAUGCUUCGAUCCUAUAAUAAACAGGAUCUUAGUUUUUUGAAGAAAGUCAUAUAUUAAAAUAGGUAAUAAUUCUUAUAAAUUUACGUGUGAGUCACUUGGGUGACCGGUCAAAUAGUGAUGCACUUGCUCACAUACGAAAAAAAAAUUGGUUACCUGAAAAACAAACAUUUAUUUUUUCCCUAGAAUAAUUAUAUAUACAGAAGUUGGAAAAAGAUUUUUAUUUCAACAUGAAUUUUUCGCAUCGCGUCUUUUUAUUCCCGAUUUUUUUAAUAAUGCAAAUUUCAUACUAAACUAAACAAAAAUCCAAAAAUAUUACAUGAAUUUACGUAGCGUACUUUUUCCUUCUUGAACUUUGUAAUACUGUAUAUUUCAUAUUAAACUAAAAAAAAGAUCAAAAAGUACUACAUGCACUCUCAAGAUCAUGCUUAUAUAUAUUGGCCGUCAAAGAUGCUAAUCAACCAUUAAUUUAUCAAUAACGACCUCAUUUUUGAUAAAUACUACAUGAACUCUCAAAAUCUUGCUUAUAUAUAUAUAUAUAUAUAUUGACAGUAAAAUUUAAAUUAGUACUCUCAAACUCUCAAGUGCUUAUAUUUAAAUUGCUGUUAAUUUAAAUUAGUACUUUAUUAGUACUAUUAAAAUUUGAAAUAUCUUUUUGAAAAUUUAAUUGUCUUUUUUUAAAUGUAACUUUAUAUACAUAAAAACACAAAAUUCAAAAUUUUACAAUAUAUUUUAAUAUUUAGCAAUACUAUAAGUAAAUAUUUAAAUUAUAAUAAUUAAUUUAAAUUUAUAAAACAAGAUUUAAAGUUAAAUUUAAAAACAGAAGUAAUUAUAGAUUUAUUUGAUAAAACUAAAACCAAAAAAAUAUGAUAACAUUUAUUUGAUUAAACUAAAACUUAUAUAUAAAUUUAUAUAUACAAUUUAUACAAGAAAGUUACUUUGAUCUUGGAGUUAAUAUGUUCUUACUUGUCCACCAUUGUGAGAGUUUAAGCCUCCCAAAAAACUAAUUUUUAAUUUUACAGAAUUUAUCCAAAUAACGUCAUUUUGAUAAAUUAACUGAUGAUUAACACCUUGACGAUCAAUAUAUAUAAGCACAAUUUUGAGAGUUAAUGAACUAUCAGAUGAGUAACAACUUUGACGGUUAAUAAAUAUAUAAGCACGAUUUUGAGAGUUAAUGAAGUAUUUUUGAAUUUUUUUUAGUUCAGUAUAGAAUAUUCAUUACUAUAAAAUUUUGAAAGGAAAAUACACGACACUGAAAAUUUAUGUAAUACUAGGGGAUGGCCCGCCCUACGGGCGGGUGAGUUUAUAAUAAAAUUAUUCUAAUUUUUUUAUAAUUUUAUUGGACACUUGAAAAUGUGAAUAUUUAAAUGUUUGUUCUGAAGUAGUUUAAUUGUUGUGUAUUGACCAUUGUGUGUGUUGUUGUUUCAUUUUUUUACCUGAUACUGUAUAUUAUGGUGGAGCUCGGUUGUUUGUUCCAUAGUGAAGCAAUAUGUGAGUUUGUUUGUGUUUUUCUUGCGGUGAUGAUGUUUUCAGUUAAUAGGUUUAACAUGGUGUGAUGGAGAGGAAUGUUUUAUUUAACUUCGUAUAUGAUUUGGUAUUUACAGUUUAGCAAGGUACUUGUCGAUAUCUCUUUGUGAAACUUGGUUAUGUGAGAGUGAUUCUGUAUAUUUUAUUGCGUAGUUAUGGAGUUCUCGUUGGGUAGCUACUGAGUUGCGUGAGAGUUUGUGGGAUGUAACCGGCGUGUUUAACCAUGGCUGUCUUCCAUCAACACAUGUGUUGUGAUAUUUGUUAGGGUGGGAAAUUUUAGUUAUGAUCUAAGUUGCUUGCUUAGCAAGAUAGCUCACCUUGGGACGGUUGGGGAUUGAUGGUAGCUAGAGAUCCUCUCAAAGCUCGAGCAUUGAGUCCAGCAUAAGGCACUGUUUUCCUGACAUCACUUUGUCGAGGUUUCUUCUUUACCAUUAGGUAAUGAUUAGAGGAGUUCCUAUGCAGCAGAAGUAGAGAGCCAAGUAUUUGUGUAAAUUUUAACGCUCAGGAGCUUCAAUCAUUUAGUUGUGAGAGAGUAGGUGUUCAGCAUAUUUUCAAGCCUCUGUUGUUAUUUGAAACCUUUUUGUCCAAUGGGUUAACCUGUUCUAAUCACUCGUAACGUCUGGCGCAAUUAUUAGAGGAUGUGUUUAUGAGCAAUAACAUGCAUGCAGUUUUUGUUUGUAUAUAGUUACUUGAACAAAACACCGGCGAACAAUUUUUUUUAAUUAUGUAAGAAUAUAU